CCCUUUUCUAUUUCCUAAACUCAUCACCAGUUAGUGUGAGAAAUGGAUGAGGAGGGAGAGGAGAAAAGUUUUGAACUUGUCAAACUAAAGACAUGUGCUCUGAAGGUCCACAUUCAUUGUGAAGGCUGCAAGAACAAAGUGAAGAAACUGCUGAGAAAAAUCCAUGGUGUCUAUCAAGUGCAUAUAGACGGGGAAGAGGGCAAAGUAACGGUAUCAGGCAAUGUGGAUGCAACAACAUUAAUCAAGAAAUUAGUCAAAUCUGGAAAACAUGCCGAGCUUUGGUCACACGCUACGGCUAAGUGGGAGAAAGACAAAGCUUACCUCAACCAACUGCCGAACCUAUGGGAUGAAACGUACACUAGAGAAUGUCAGCCUCGGCAAUCCCACUUGGCCGAGGAUGAAGCUGAGAAGUGGGGUUCAGAAAGAUAUCUGAACAGCAAUCGAAUUUCUGAUUCACAGGUGGAUGAUGAAAUUCUACGAUGGGAAGAACACAACAACAUAACAAGCAGCAUGGAUUAUGAUGGAACUAAUGCCAGAAUAAAUUUCCCAGGUUAUGUUAGCCUGGGACAGUUCGAUGGGCUGAAAAUGUCGGAUGCAGGAUUAUCAGUGCAUCCAUACCAUUUUCAGCGAGCCCCAAUGAUGUAUGCAGGGCCAUCGUUUAGCUAUCCAUAUCCAUUGAUGCAUACGAGCAUGCAUGAUAUGCUUCCUACAGGAACCAUGGGAAAUAACUAUAUGCAUUUUCGAACAAGGAAUACAAAUGCAUUUGAGGUACUUCCAAAUAUUGGCAGGGACUAUUGGAACAACACAAGUUUCAGAAAUUAA